AUGACUCUGAAGUCCGACACUUGGUUUCUUGACCUUCCACAAGAGGUAAUCCUCUCCAUCGCCGACUUUACAUGCAUCAGAGAGAUCAACACGCUAUCCCAAACAUGUCGUCUCCUACACAACAUCCUCGAGCCAUAUCUCUGGCGCGGUAACGAAAACAACGCCUUACUAUGGGCCUCCGAGCACGCAGACCAGGAUACAGCACGCAAAGCCCUGCAACAAGGCGCCGACAUCAACGCCCCAGUCCCUCCGACCGAUAAAAUCCUCUUCGUAUAUAACUGGGGUGGACCUGACGACAAGAUAUACACCCAGACCGGAGCCACCUCGCUCACCCUGGCAAUUGCCGCUGGCAAGGAGGACAUGGUCCGCUUUCUGCUCCAGGUCGAUGGCAUCGACGUCAACUGCAGUAACCGGGACAAGGAACAGCUGCCGCCGCUGAUUCUGGCGAUGCUAGCCGGGAAUGAAGAGAUGGUUAAAAUGCUGCUUGGUGUCGAGGACAUCGAUACUGAAAUCCGGGAAUGGUAUUCGUACGCAAGUCCGUUGAUGGUCGCUUCGAUGCUGGGCCUGGUGGGGAUGGCCAAGUUACUCCUCACGUAUGGCGCCGUGGACCCUGAUAAGGGGAAUUGCGUUGCGCAGUCGCCGUUAUGGCUUGCGGUGUUGCGGGCCAUGUUGAGGUUGUGA